ACUUGAAGAUAUUAAAGCAGACAAAUCUUGGUUAUAAGCUUCCACCUCCAAAUAUGAUUAUACUUGAACCAAGUGAAUUGCCAAAUAAUAAUAGUGAAAUCUUGAAGACUACAAAGAUAUAUUGA